AUGGAGGAAUUUGGUGCUGAUGCUUGUCCUUCUGAGGCCUCAAGCAUCUCUGCGGCGGCCUCAAACGGAGAUGAAAGCAAGAGAGUGAUGAAAAUGAAAAUGGCGAUGACAGAAAACAGUGUUAAGGCCCUCGUGCCUGUAUUCGAUGUAGAAAAGCUAUCUGAAACCCCGGGGUCUAGUGCUCAUCGUUUUCUGCUAGAUCUGAAGCUGUCCAACGACAAACCGUCCUCGGCGGCUGCUGGCAGUGGCAGUGGCAGUGGCAAAGACCACAAGAAACCCUCAGAUGUCGUUCAAGCUAGGGUUUUCUCAUGCAACUUUUGCAAGAGGGAAUUCUCUACUUCCCAAGCCUUGGGUGGUCACCAGAACGCGCACAAACAUGAGCGUGCCAUCGCCAAACGACGCCAAGGGAUUGAUGUUGGGCCUUAUGGGCACAACUUCUCUCCCUAUUAUCCAUAUUCAACCAAUUUUCCCACCCAUCACUACCAGUACUAUGGAUCUUACACUAGGUCCCCACUUGGGGUCCGGAUGGAAUCUAUGAUUCAUAAGCCUAAUCCGUACCAAUGGACGGCCCCUCAGUCUGGCUCCGGGUACCGAUCGUUGGGGAACGAUUUCGGUAGCGGCGGCGAAGGAGGCAGCGGAAUUGGAGCGUGGUCAAGGCAGCCGUCGAUGUUGAACUCUGCACAACGCUCGAUUGAUCAGCGGUUAAACUUGGAGGGACAUCGGUCUCGUAAUAGUGGGGUUGGUGGCAUGGGAAGGCUUGGUGGUGGUGGUGGUGCUGCUGCUGCUGCCACUUCUUCAAGAUUCGACGAAAUCACUGGUCCUCUUAGCCACUUUAAUGGUUCCAGUAGCAAUACUAGUACUGUCACCACUUCCAAUGUUCCAAUCAACAGUGCGAAUAAUGGCGGUGUCGACUUUGUCCGGCGCAUCGACCCUCUGAAGGCUAAUCGUUCGGGCCCUUCCGCGGGGCUUGAUUUGUCUCUUAAACUUUAA